UAAGAAUUAUUAUCUAUAUUAUCUAUGGGAUAUUGGGUCCAAUUUGGAUAAUAAAAAAAUUAUUACGCUUAGAUAAUAAACACAAUAUUUUGUAAUUUGUUUUUGUACUUGAGUACUAUAUUCUAUAUACGUACCUAUGUACGACAGCUCUGAACUUAUUAGAUUUAACUAAAAUAUUUUAGUGCAACUCAUCAGUUGUAGGUACGUUUUAUAAUGGCUGACGUCUUAGACUUAAAUGCUGAAGAGUUUGUGGAAGAAGAUGACGAGGGAGUUUCUAAGCUUAAAGAAAAAGCUAGAAGAAGAAAAGGACGUGGUUUUGAAGACAAAUCUAAAAGAGACAACAUCAAAGAUGAAGCCAUGGAAUUUGAUUCAGUUGAUCAAGCUGAUGACGAUGGACCUGGACCUCAAAGAUCGGUUGAAGGCUGGAUAUUAUUCAUUUCUUCUUUACACGAAGAAGCCCAAGAAGAUGAUUUGCAUGAUAAAUUUGCUGAGUUUGGAAAAAUUAAAAACUUACAUUUAAAUUUGGACCGUAGAACCGGUUUUUUAAAAGGUUAUGCAUUAGUUGAAUAUGAAUCAUAUAAGGAAGCUUUUCGAGCACGUGAGGGACUGAAUAACACCGACAUUUUGGGACAGCAAAUUAGUGUAGACUGGUGCUUUGUAAAAGGACCAAAAAGGGUAAAAAAAUCAAGGCGCCGAAUGACUAAUUAUUAAUCAAUUAAAGUAUACAAUUUCAGAUAUAUGAACAAAUUUACGAUAUAACUAAGGUUUUUGAUAAUAAAUAACUAUAAACAGAUGUUUUUAAGCAAUUAAUAAAAGUUAAAGAAAAAAAUGAUGUACUAAUUUUAAUGAUGGGUCAUAUUUUUAUUAAUACUAGUUGAGGAUAUUUUACUAUUGGAUAUGGAUAUUGCAUAAUAUGUUGUAUUUAAAUUGCUAAUUUGAUGACAUCCUGAAAGUUUAUAUAAGGUUUAUUAUUACUUUGAUUCCUAAUAUUAUAUUUGUAAAAUUCCAAAGAAAUAAACACUGAUAAUAGUUGUA